UGUCAAAUUGUCAAUCAAAAGUCAAAACCUCAGAAUAAUAUUUUUCACAGAAUAACAUUUGAAAUGUCGUAAUUGUCAAAAACUCACAAAUGUCAAUGCUAAAUAUAACCUCAACAAAAACACAGUGGCGGCGGUAAAUCAGUAAAGCGUUAUUAUUUUCACUAUAAUAUAAUGUUUUUCGGGUUCAUAUCGAUAAAAAUUUCAACAACUUGGUAAAGUAGAAAUCAUGAACUCCAGCUCUACAAGUCAUUGGAAGCGUUUAUGGCGAUGGGUUUCAUCGCAGAGCCUCUCACGAGAGGAGCUACUGAAUGUGUUGGGUAAUAAAGAUGUGAAGGAGGAGCUAAGUCUAGGCCUCGCCAGCUAUAAGCCUCAAAAUACCAACCGGUUUUCUCAGCUUCAAUCCAAACACCCAGACCAGACAAAGCUGUUAAAUGUCAUUCAAACCCUGCAUCAUUAUGUGGAUAUUGACUCAUUUCAGCUGUGGGAGAUUGUGAAACACUAUCUAUGUGAUAUUUCCUAUGGAACACCCGCUAAUGCACUGAAGAAUGUUGCAUUUGUUGAUACAAGACCUUCUUUCUUAUUGCCAAAUGUAUGGAAGUUCUACUAUGCAGAGAGGCUCUACAUGCUGAAAACCCUACAGUAUAUAAUUGAAUUUAAAAAUGAUACUAAACAUAAAUAUCAUGAAGAGUUUGCAAAGAUUAUCAAUGACAUAGGACUUCAAAAAAUUACACAAUCCCUUAUAGACCAACUGGACCAGGUAAUAUCAACUACACCCCCAUCUAGAAAGAUUCAAAAUGACUUUGCGAGUGAGUCGGUUCGAACAGAGUGGGCGGAGCAUAACUUGAGGGAACAGCUGGCAUUACUCCAGUGCCUGCUUCUCAUUGUGAAUGAGGUCACGCUCACGGCACAAACAUUCAACAAACUGUUUGAGCUAUUUAGAAAACACAGUUUUGGAAAGAGACUUGGCUACAGUGACUUGUUGGAUGAAAAACACAGAGAAUCAUGUUUGAAUAUCAUGUACAUUGAAAUUGGAAUAUUUAUUGUGGUCAUGGACAGCUGUAGGAUCAAUGACCAGUCACAGUGGAUAGACUCGACAAAGGCGGUUGUGGAGGGCGAGCUGACGACUCUGCAGGUGAACGAGGAGCAUGGCGCCAUGCUGCUCGCCUGGAUGAUGAUGACUCUGCAGAGUGAGACCCACUGUAGGCUGUUUGAAAAUCAUUAUCAGCAUUUUGGAGCUACAGCAAUGAAGAUGAGAGUGUUUGAGUUUCUGCUAAAACUGCUGAACUCACCUGUGUUCUCUGACAACUCAAAGUGCGCCGACAUAGCCCGCUACCGAGUGUUCACUCUACUCAACGAGAUAUGCGACACAUUUGACGGCGACGGCACCAUCAGCCACCAGCCGGGCGCCAUGUCGCUUUGCGCGGAACUCCUGCGCAGCCCCGCCAUAGCUAAAGAGUUCUGGAGUCUUCACGGCAGGGAGGAGCGGUAUGGGACUGUGUCACUGUGGAAUACGGCACUUGAGUUUUUCCCGUUUAAUUUUACUGCGCUGUCGGUUUUGAGCGCAGGUUUGGCUCAGGCUGGGAAAGACAGUGUCAGAAUGUUGACAGCUGAACUGAAAAACCUGCCGGUCUACACGGAAAUCUACCAACCGAACCUUGUACCGAUAGUGUCCCUGGUGUCAGACGACGCCACUAUCGGCCGAGACUACUUCCCGCUCGACUCACCCGACUAUCGCAUAGAGGCCGGCUCCAAGGCAACAAUCAUGGAAAGAAAAGAGGGAACUCUAAUCCAUUUCCGAACCCCAUACACCUACUGGACGAUACUCAACCAUGAGAUAGAGAAAUCACUGGAUAGAAAGGGUCAUCAUAAACAAAAUCUAAGCGUUACGCUCCAAAAAGUUUAUGAAGGUGCAAAAGUUUUGAAAGGAGUAUUAAAAGUACUGGCUGCAGAUAAAGAUGUACCAAAGAGUUUGGUCGCGCCGUGCGAAGGAAUCUUUGAUGUUUUGCUAAGAUUCAUGAAGACUGAUAGUACGCCGCUGCUGGUCGAAUGCCUUGAAGUGUGCACUGCAUUGAUACCGGUGUUCCCCAAAGAAGUUCAUAUGAGGCUAGUAAACACGGGCCUCCUCCCCCGCGUCUCCGCCAACCAAUCAGCGGCGGCGCUGGGCGCGGGCGGCUCGCUACACGCGGGGGCCGUGGCGCGCGGCGCCGGCGACCCCGCCGACACCUUCCUACAGGCUUAUAGAGACAUGCUGGUGAAGGCUUAUGAGACUUGCACAGACGACCGCAUAAUAUCGGACAUCGUGCUCCCCGGCCUAGUGUUUAUGGUCCGCGAAGUGUUCCCCAACAUCAGCACCCAGCGGUACAGCACAGUCUCUCACAGAAGAGACACCUUGCACAGCUGCAUCCAGCUGUUCAACCUGGUGCUGCAGCAGAACAAGGGGCAGAGUGAGAGAGUUACGCUACUGCAGAACACCUGUGUCUACAGUUUGCUGCAUACGGAGAACGCUUUGGAAUUGUUGAAAAUUAUUUCUAUUGGUAACGAUGAACUAGAACGUGUGAUGCUGGACGAAACCAACUGGGUAUCAGGCAGUGGCGUACAAUACAUAGCCACGAUCCAACGAACAGUCGCCACAAUCAUGCUGGUCCUUCGCCUCAAACCCAAGGUCACAGACGCUAAUGAACUCACGCCAUUGGAGCAUCUGAUAUUCUCACAGAACCAACACAAAGAUCUGAUGAAAGUCAUCCCGAAAGUCACCUCGUAUAUUAAUAAUGCGUUCAGUAAGAAUCUUUCAGUGCUGUGCUGUAGGCUGCUGAAGAAGUUUGCUGAGAGUUUCCAAAUGUCCCUAUUCGCGAGCCUGGACAUGACGUCGUACCAAGUGCGAGUGAUGUUCUUAGACCGUCUGCGGGACGAGCACGAGACCACAGACCUGAAGAUCGCCAUCUUGGAAUUCGUAGCCACGUGCAUCGGCAAGCAGCCCGGCCUUACUGAGGCAUUCUUCAAACUCAACCAUGUUAAGGUGAAGGAGGAAAAGGAUGAGAAAGCGGUGCAAGUGAAGAAGGAACAGGCGGAAAGUUUUGAAGGGAUACUGGGGUAUAUGGCGGAUUAUUUGGGGACCGUCAAACAGGAUGCCAAGAUGCUGCACAGCCCUCUUCUGGGCUGCAUCAUGGCAUUAUUCCACGCGCUCUGGAAGAACAACAUGCAGGUGCUAGUGAAGGACCUGAGGGAGAACCCCAAGUUCUGGGAACACAUGAGCAGUCCACUCUUCAGCGAUAUACAACCUGGCCUCAGGACCUACGCGCAGAUUUUUAACGUACUCGGCAUUGAAUUGUUCCUGUCCAGGGAUAAAAUUGAACCUAACCUGAGAGAAGUGUUAGAACAAUUCUUCGACACCAACAAGAAUAACCUGGACAAGUGGAUUAAUUACGUUUUCAGCUUCGAAGGGAGAAGUGAUGAGGAGGAAGUGGUAGAUAAGGUGCCGGCGUGGCUCGGCCUGCUGACGUCAUGGAAAGACUUCACGACCAUCUUCUGCAAAUGUCUGCCGAUUAGUCUGAACAUAGCGCAUAAAGCCAAGUUAGUAGCGCCUUGUAUGACGGCGCUGCUGCAAGAGUUAGAUGACCUUAAGGAUGGAAGACUGGUCGUGAUACUGGCAGAGUUGUACGUUAUAAUGCUGGCGAAUUGGAAAGAUGACUGCUUCGAUAAUAGAAAAGCCAACGCGAAGCAAAUCGAUAAUUUGCUUACCAACACAGCUAUUGUUUAUGACUGUCUACACCCGCGCGCGAAAAGGGCUAUUCUGUCCAUAGGAACUGUGGCUAUUAGCAGUCUGGAUUACGAGAUAAAAGCCAACAGCCUCACCGCCCAAAGCAUAAUUCGCUCAGUUACAAACAUCAACAGUUUAGAGCUGGAGAAACUCCUGGAUAACAUUAAUGAAGAUGUGAAACCGACACCAAAUGCCAACGGCAAUGAGGUUAGCGAGGAUAUCCCGCCGGUCGUGCUGGCCCUUGCGUUGCUGGAACAAUGCCUGGAGCUGUACGACGACAUGUUUUCUGGACUGUCGCAGUGGUUCCAAGCGACUCGCUUCACUAACAAGCUACUAUGCUGCCUACAGUCCUGUCUCCAGAAACGCUGUCACUACCAAACGUCUCUAGCCGCUCUAAGAUGCCUCACCGCGUAUUCCCGAGGGCCCUUCGCUAAAGAGUUGCUAUUGAGCGAUGUGGACCAGUUCCUGUGGAUGCAACUUCUGCCGCCAAAGUUCGAGAACAGUCGAUGGAAGCUCCAAGAGUGGUGGCGGGUUUACGCGUACAGUUUGGACUUCAUUUCCAUGAUGGUGAUGAAGCAUGGCCAGUUCUACGCCAGUGACGCCAUCACAUUUGUUGGCGUUCAUUUGGAGCAUCUGAUUGAAGCCAUACUAUUGCCUCGGCAGAUAGUAACAAUGGACUCUUUGAAUCUGUGCGCGUCGUCUCUGAAUCUGAUCGUUCAAAUGGUGAAGUUUGAAGCGCGAUGGCGGAUUGAGAAUAUCAACUCUCUAGUCGGUGUUAUGCGCAGUAUAAGCGCGUUAGUGCACCAGUGCGUGUCGAUCAUGCUGCGCUCGCGGCGCGCGUCGGAGUCGCAGCUGAACGACGAGGCCGCCAUGCAGCAUACUAGCGCUGUUUUACACAGGACCCUAGAAAUCCUGCACAUGGCGACCCUCUGCCUGCUCUCCUUCAGCCCUUCCCUCCUAGCCCUACUCGGUGAGCCAGCCCUGGACCUGGAGCGCUGGCAGCCGCUGGUGGAACUGGACUUCGCUAUUCCCAAGCACUGUCAUGAUGAAGUCCCGCAGUUGACCUUCGGGACGCUGUUGACGGCUAUAUGCUUGUUGACUAAGGCUAUGAAUCAUUCAUACCACACAGAAGAGGGCAGCGGGUCGCGCUCCCCGCGCCGCCGCCGCGGCUGCUCCUGCAGCAGCCCCGACCCGCGCCGCGCCGCCCGCUCCGAGAGCCUCACUAGUGUGUCCAGUGCCACGUCCGCGCCGUGUCUGGAUGCGCUUAGUCAGAGACUAGUAGCUGGGACGUUGGCGGCUUUAUUAGAACUGCUGGCUUCACAGGCCCUACUCGCCGUGCGUGACGCCAGCACGCCGUCCCGCCACAAGCAGAUGGUGCGGCGCGAGCUCAGCUCCGAGCUCACCGUGUACCACGACUUCGUGCGCAAGCGCAUCCUGUGCGCCGCCCACGCACGCCCCUACCUCGCGCGCAACAAACUAGGCGCAUGGCCGCUCGCCCCCAACGAGGAAGAAGCCAAACGUAUAGAGGAAGCGGCUAGACUAAGAGACCCGACCAACAGAGACGACCUACCCCCACCACCCCCGCCGAAACGAGCCGCCCACGACUCGAUGAGAGAGUAUAUACUACGCAAACAUUACUUGGACAAAUGCGCACAAACCCCCACUAAAGAACCCCCGUCACCGGUGUCCCAUUCAACUCCUACUUCUGAUAAAAAGAAGGAUGCUUCAAGGAGUUCGAAACGCGUUUCCUGGGCGGAGACAACUAGGGACUCCAGUGAUGAAGACCUAGACUCGUCGCUGCAAGAGAUCGAGCCGGCGUACUCGAACCAAACGGACGUGCAAAUCAAUAAUGAUGAGGAUUACUUCCAUUUUAUGUCUGUUGUGUUUCUUUACAUCUGCCAGAUGGAGUUGUAGCAUGUUAGUAACUUUAAGUUAAGUUCACGUAAUAAAUUGAAUUGCUUUUGUA